AUGGGGGAGUACAAAAGCUUGGUUGUGCGAUUGGGUAGUGGUCAAGGAGGAUCGACACUGUCACCAUCUUCUGUAUUUCUGGUGGCCAACAACUUGGCUUCACUGGUUAUUGAUGAAUAUACUCUCUCCAAGUUGCCUUCAUCAAAUUCCUCUUCUACUACUUCUGGAUCCUCCCAAUCAUCAUUCUCUGUUCCUGAUUAUCUUACUUAUGAAGAGGCGAGAGCUUCUAUCCUUGUUUUCUUGAAUAAGCUGUUACUCUCAUCCUCUUCAACUCCUUCUGCCGGGCCAACUUCUGCUGUUGUUGCCCAGCUUUAUGAUGCUAAUGCCUUAGACCUCAACAAUGUUAUCCUUCACAACCGGAGUUUUAAAAUACAAGACGCUUUCUCCCCAAGUAAUCUGGAUUAUGAUGUGGCCACUGUUAGUGCCAUAUCUGCCCUUUUGGACCACAUUUCCUCUUCUCUUGCUUCAAUUGUGGAUGGCAUUGCUGCCCUAACCUGUGAGGCCCUUAGGGCUAAUGUAUCUGGCUUUGAUCUAACUGAUUCUGGUGAUGGUUCCUCCAUUAAGGAUAAGGUCGCUGUAGCUGCUGAUCUCAAAGUCUUCCUUACUAACUCCAAAUUGGUUCAAAACAAAAAACUUGUUGACAUUUCUAUCUCCGGGAUACCAGCUGCCCAUGGUAGUUUCAGAGAAAAAUGUCGACUUCUUCAUUCAAAUGCACGUGUCCAGUUGAGCACCCCUUUUAAAACUGGAUCUGAGACCGCUUUAGACAUCUCUGCCACCUUGUCAUCUCUGGCUGUGGCCCUACUAAAUCUUGCUGAACUUAGCUGCAAUCGAGUUGAGCUUUUGGCUAAUGUAAUACCUGAUGGUGAUGAGCUGCGUGCACAUGUGGGUGCCCAACGGCCUGUUACUAUUGGAUGGUUCAAACAAACUUAUCGCUCUUCACAGGAUGCUCUCAUAGAAAAAGACUAUGUUGGGUUUUCUCACAACAUUUUUCUUCUAUUGGAGGGUGUAAGGAAGGCUGUUUCUUGGGAGGCCACAUUGGCUUAUCUUUUACUUGAGGGCUCAUCGAGUGGAUUGGUUACAACUAAUGAAGGCAAUGCCCUUGCUAAUGCUGACAUUAAGAAGAAUGAAAAGAAAAGGAAAGUUUUGGGGACAGGAUCGGCGGCACUUGUGCAGUUUAUUAAAGAAAGCAUAUUGGACGGGGCCAUUACUGAAGAAAAUCCUAUCAAAGGUUCGGCUUUAUUGGAAAAUUGGUAUCAGGAUUUUCUAUCAUCAUUUAACCCAGCCAAACCAAAAUUUGAGCUUCUGCUGAAAAAAGUGAAAGAGAUAGUGGAGAGCAACGAGAGCCGAAGGGUUCCCAAGCUUCCUAAGGGUACUAGAGACUUUGCAAAAGAGCAGAUGGCUGUUAGAGAAAAAGCCUUUGCAAUCAUUGUUGACGUAUUUAAGAGGCAUGGAGCCACUGCACUUGAUACUCCUGCUUUUGAAUUGAGAGAAACUCUCAUGGGGAAAUAUGGUGAAGACUCAAAGUUGAUAUAUGACCUCGCUGAUCAGGGUGGAGAGCUUUGUUCACUACGUUAUGAUCUCACUGUUCCAUUUGCAAGAUUUGUGGCACAGAACAAGCUUACAUCAUUCAAAAGGUACCAGAUAGCGAAGGUAUACAGACGGGAUAAUCCAUCUAAGGGAAGAUAUCGUGAAUUCUAUCAAUGUGAUUUUGACAUUGCUGGAAAAUACGACAAGAUGGGGCCUGACUUUGAGGUUAUAAAGAUAUUAACUGAAUUAUUAAAUGAGCUCAAUAUUGGGGAUUAUGAGGUAAAAUUGAAUCAUCGAAAGUUACUUGAUGGAAUGAUGGCCAUAUGUGGGGUGCCGCCUGAAAAAUUCAGAACUGUUUGUUCGAGCAUUGAUAAGCUAGACAAACAGCCUUUUGAACAGAUAAAGAAAGAAAUGGUUAAUGAGAAGGGUUUAACUGAAGAAACUGCAGAUGCACUUGGUACGUUCGUGAAAAAAAGGGGAUCCCCAAUGGAAAUGUUAUAUGAAUUGAAACAGGAGGGCAGUAAGUUUCUGGAGAAUGCUGAAUCCCUGCUUGCAUUGAACGAGUUGGACAUCUUGUUUAAAGCUCUACAAAAGGCAAAUUGUGAUCACAAAGUGGUUUUUGAUUUAAGUCUUGCAAGAGGUCUUGAUUACUACACCGGGGUCAUAUUUGAAGUUGUCUUUAAAGGAGCUACCCAGGUUGGUUCAAUUGCAGCUGGGGGACGGUAUGACAACCUCAUAGGAAUGUUUGGGAAGGACCAGAUCCCUGCAGUUGGCAUCAGUCUGGGGAUAGAGCGAGUAUUUGCAAUCAUGGAACAACUUCAGAAAGACAGGAACGAGGCAAUACGGCCAAAUGAAACUCAAGUUUUGGUGAGUAUCUUGAGUGAUGACUUGUCUUUAGCCGCUGAACUAGUGAGCGAGCUUUGGGAUGCGAAAGUGAAGGCCGAGUACAUGUUGGAUAAAAGAUUGAUGAAGCACAUUGGACGUGCCAAAGAUUCAAGGAUACCUUUCAUGGUUAUUGUUGGAGAAAAUGAACUAAAAGAAGGCAAAGUUAGAUUGAAAGAUGUUGCGGCAGCGAUAGACACUGAUGUCCCCAGAAGCUCAUUCGUGGAGGAGAUCCGUCUGCGGUUGAACGCUGCACCCAAUUAA